AUGAUAAGUGCAGCUAUAAUUGGUCUUCUACUCAUAAAAUUCAAUAAAAAUACAAUAAUCGUAGAAAUAUCAGAAACGUUGCCACUCACAGUUCUCACAUGGAAUGCGAUAAACCACGUCAGAACGCUCCAUUGCAGAACGACCGGUAUUUUACCCAGACAUAUCGUCCAGAACAUCAAAUGUUUGACCAACCUCUUAUCAGAUGAUGCCGAAAACAACAGAAAGAACCGAUCAUACAAGAAAGUAUUUUCCAACAACAAGAAGCUUCUUGAAAAGAAGUUCCUUGCACUAAAAAAACGAAAAAUCCAGUCCAUCCAAAUCAGAGAUGAAUGGCUUUGCAAUCUCACUACUACACAGAUUCCCACAGAAGUUAAGGUUAUCUUGAGUCUGGGACCUAAAUUUGGUGUGGCUCCCCUUCCUGUUAAAGACAUACCUAUCAAGAAUAUUGUGGCAGAUGUAGAGAACAUAAUCAACUUGGCUCCUAUCACCAGGCAGAAUAUCUUGAGGGCUAAAUGCACUAAUGCUAUUACCAACUUCGUGCACAAUUCAAAGAUGACACAUAACUUUGAGCACUACCUUUUGACCAAUGCUAGAAGAUUUGUCAAGACACACGAUGACUUGGUUAUCACUCCUGCUGACAAAGGUAACAUCACAGUAAUACUUUCCACAGAACAGUAUGAACAGAAAAUGAACCAGCUUCUACAAGACUCGUCAGUUUACAAACAAUUAAGGAGAGACCCUACCAAUGAAUUUCAAUGUAAAAACAACAAAAUUGUCAAACAACUGAAAGACAAAGGUUUUAUUGAUGCUUCCAUGGCCAGAAAAUUAACCACCUAUAAAGCGAUUCCACCAAGAAUAUAUGGACUUCCUAAAGUACACAAAGCAGACAUCCCAUUGAGGCCCAUCGUCUCCACAAUUGGCUCAGCGUCAGUUGAACUCAGUCAAUUUAUGACACAGAUUCUCACAGAAGCAUUCUCAGAUUUCCAUGAUUAUACCAUAGCUGACUCUUUCCAAUUUGCUUCCAAAAUUAAUAACUUUAUAUUGCCCCAAGGGUAUAAACUCAUUUCCUUAGAUGCUGUCAGUUUAUUCACGAAUAUUUCACUAGAGCUAGUUAUACAAAUUAUCCAACAGGAAUGGUCCAGAGUAAGUCAGGUCACAACCAUAGAUAUAUCACUUUUUAUAAUAAUCAUAAAGUUUUUGUUUGAGUCCAGCUAUUUCGUUUUCAAGGGUUCCUUCAUUUCACAAAUCUUUGGCUGUGCAAUGGGGAGUAAAAUCAGUCCCAUUUUGGCUAAUAUAGUCAUGUCAGUGCUUUUGAAAUAUUGCAUUCCUCUACUGCCCUUCCAGGUGCCGAUUACCUAUCAAUAUGUUGAUGACCUUCUCCUUGCUAUUCCCGAAGACAGGACUGCUACGACUUUGGCAGUUUUCAAUAACUACGACCCACACAUUAAGUUUACUGCAGAAGAAGAAACUGAAAAUGGUGUCCCAUUCCUUGACACCAAAGCUAUCAGAAUUAAGAAAAUCUGCCAUCCAGACUUUCUUCAUAACAGUGAAGAAAAGUUGCUUAAGAUCUUUGAGAACAAUGGUUACCCUAGGAUGUUUUUGAACAGAUGUCGGCAUUCUCUAACUUCUGACCAAGUCGACGAGGUCCCACAAAUAAGAACAUCGACAUUAGUCGAACCUGCCACACAUGACAAAUAUGUAAGCCUGCCCCUCAUUCCACCAUUAACAGGUAAAUUGACCAAAAUUCUAAAAGAAAUUGAGAACAUAAAAAUUGCGAAGUACAAUCCUUUAGUAGUAGGCGUUCUUUUCAGCCAAACUAAAGAUAGGAUCCACACCAUGUCUAGAUCUGACGUGGUUUAUCGCAUUCCAUGUGAGAACUGUGAGUCUGUGUAUGUUGGACAGACAUCACAAUGUUUGAAAAGACGUAUCUCAAUACAUAAGAGUGACGCCAGAUUACGACCUGAUAGAUGUGCAUUAGCUAGCCAUUCGUCCUCUCUAGACCACCAUUUUAAGUUUGAUGAAGUUGAAAUAUUAUGUACCAAUUCUAACUAUAAUAAAAGAAGUUUCCUUGAAAUGUGUUUUAUAAAUGAAAAUGAAAAUAAUAUAAAUAAGAAGACUGACUUGAAGAAUUUAAGUGUUGUAUAUAGUUAUUUGUUAUCCUUAGAUCGUAGGCCAUCUAGACAAACAUGACUUUAUGUCACUUUGUGAAUUGUUGUUUUCUCUGUGUUCCCCUGUUCUGUGAGUUUUAACCUUUAAAAUUGACAUAUGCAUUACGGCAACGUUUCUGAUAUUUCUACGAUUAUUGUAUUUUUAUUGAAUUUUAUGAGUAGAAGACCAAUUAUAGCUGCACUUAUCAUCUUAAAUAACACUGUCCAGUCAGAUCAUCCUGAAGAAGAAACGCAUAUUGUUUCGAAAUAUAGAUGAAUAGACUAUAGACUGUU